GCAUGACUGUAUAGUACAUAUGUAUUCAAGUUUGUCUCGGUAUCAAAGAAAAGUUAAAAACCAAAUAAAGACCUAUAUACAUUUACAGCAACUCCUCAAUUAUUGUCAUCUCCGGUCUCCAUUCUCUUCUCUUUCUCUCGGCGUUCGUCAAUUUUCUCACUAUCACGACAGCUCUUGAGAUCUGAGAGCCAAUGGGUUUUGACAUUCAACGCAUAGCGAAAAUUGAAUCAGUUCCCUGGGAGCAUUUCUGACCUUUUUGCCAACUUCUUAUCAACCCCAACGAAGCUCUCCAGUCUAUGUGCGGUCACUUAUACUGUAAGCCAUGUUUAUCUUACGUCGCAAGCACCACUAUGGCGUGCCCUUAUGAUGGUUACUUAGUCACGGAAACUGAUGCAAUGCCACUCGUGGAGUCAAAUAAAGUGUUGGCUGAUACUAUUGGCAAAACCGUGGUGUACUGUUUAUACCGAAACAGUGGAUGCACAUGGCUUGGCUCUCUGUCUGCUAGCCCAUUACAUGACUUGAGAUGUGCAUUCGGCAACUCUCUUGUUAUGUGUACCAGGUGCGGAACUAAAACUGGGCACCUUCAAUGGCAUGAGCAUGUUCAAGUUUGUCCUGAAAUGCAAAAUCAAUGGUACCAACAACCAUAUCAGCAGGAUCAUGGUGUAGCUGCUACAACGCUGACUCAAGAUCAAUGGUACCAACAACCAUAUCAGCAGUAUUACCAAAACGUUGAUGGAUACUCCAUGCAUCAACAACGGUUGCACCGUCCAAGUUUAGCUCCCCAGCAUCAAGAACUCUAUGUGAAGCCAGCAAUUCAUCAUGGGGCUCAAACUCACUCUCCUAUUGAAGCUCAACCUCUGAAUGUACUUCCACCAGCUUCAGCUUCGCUACCCCAAGCUUACCCGUCAGUGAUAUCUCAUCCGCAGACUCCAUCACUGACAUUCCCAGCUUCUCAAGGUCUCAUAAAAGUCCAAGCUCAAUCACAUUUCCAACAAUUGCCGGAUGUUCACCCACCUCAACCUCUGCCUACUAUGCACAGACAACAGUCUUCGUUACCAGGUCAUUUAACAAGUGAUAAAUAUUGGAGGCAAAUGGUGCGUAAGUAUGGAAGAGCCCCAGUCCCUGAAAGCACAGCUUCAUAUUCUUCACAGCGACCCUUGCCAAAACCUUCAUUGCCACAACAGCAUACGGCGGCGCCAACAACUGAUAUUGUAGUUCAUAAUCAGAUGCAUCAGGGAGGCCAUUUCCAAAAUCAACAUCUAUCACUGAAGUCUCAUUUGUGCCCCAUAGGCCUAGAACAAAGGUUACAGAAACAUCCACAGACAUUUCAGCCUGUUACUCCGAUUCUUGGAUUCCAACAAAAGAUGAACCAUCAUUCUGCUAGUGCAUCGCAUGUAGGUUCCGGACCGGGUGCACCGAGCUUGCCAGCUGUGAAAGAGGCUUACACGUGUCUAGGUAAGCAAGUGAUGGAAGAAAAUGUUGGAAAUGGCCGGAAAGACAGAGGGAAGAGUAUUCCAGUAGAGAGACAAGACACUGAAGAUUAUCCUUCUCUGAAUGGUACUCCACUACUAAAACAUGCCUUAUUAGAGAAAGAUGGACGUAGACAUUUUAACACUGUUGUCCAGCAGUACCUCAAGACUAUUCACCUAAGCAGUGAAGAUGUUGAAAGAUCUGGAGCUUAUUCUUCAGGAUCAUGGGAUAGAGGCUUUGACGAGAUAUCACCGAUUAGACCUAGUGAAGAGCAUGAGCCAGAUUUCGAGUUUAGACCUGCCUCUCAACCUUCCACUGACUUGGGAUAUAUGCAGUUCAGAGGUGGACCGAGAAGUCCUAUAAGUGAACACCUUGGGAUGCCUUCUCAUGGACCAAUCAUUCUUAAUGGUCUUCGUCUUCUAGAUAUUGAGUUUAUGAGUAAAAAUACUUCGCAAGAAUUUUCUGGUGCUGGUGGAUCAUUUCCAGGAAAUGUGGGAUCUUCUCUAAAUUCUAAAAGAAAGGCUACAGGAACCGUUGAAGGUUUAGAUCAUCUAAACUCCCAGACCAGGGAGCACCAACAUGAGUGGAUGGAUAUGGACAUCGUGAUCAAGCAGGAACCAAGGGAACUUAACAUAGCUUCUGAGAAUUCUUCUCCAUUUGGUAACCCAAUCAAAAUUGAAAAAGAAGAUUAGAGCUUUAGGAUAUAAAGAGAAGAAGCAUUCCAUUAUGAAUUAUCAAUGUGAGUACUAAACUUCCUCACAAAAUAAAAAUGCUGGUGAACGUUCUCCAGCAUCUAUAUUAUCCUAUCAGAUUUAAUUCUUGCAGCUAUCAGAUUUCUCAUAUCCUAUAAGCUUUUACUCCUUGUGUUUCCAUAAUAUGUAAUUUGAAACCUUUGGUUACUUUUAUUAUUAUAGAAUAAAAUUAGAUUCUAUUUCGUUUUUC